UUCGAAUUCUCGCAAACAUGUUUCUCGCGGUAGAAAUUGUUCGUUAUUUCGCGGAAAAAAACAAGUAAUAUUUACAUUAAUUUAAUAGCAUUUAUGUUAAUUAUAUGUGUCUACUAUUUUUUCAGCACAUACUUUAUCCUUUCUUGAACCAGUCAUUUGUGGAUGCAUAUUUUCCGUAUGCAUUCGUCAAUCGUGAACGAGUGAAGUUCUUUUAAAAGCCGACAUCGUUCAGUUAAAUCACUCUUGGAAGUUCGGAUAGAUUUGCACAAGUGUUGUUAUAUAUGUUCUAGCAUGAUCUACGCAGUGUUACGCAGUAGCAUAUGUUAUUUGCGUCCAGCGUUGAGUGGCAUUGAGUGUUUGUGAGUGCAUGCUGUGUGUACCGGUGAAUAAAAUUAGGUUAGGUUAACUUAACAUUCGAUUACAAUUUGUAAAUACGAUGGAGGUACAAAACGCACCGCCUGUUAAAAGCAACAAUCCCGCUCCGACGGUGGAACAGAUCAAUGCGGACAGAAUUACCCAGCUUGCAAAUAAGUACUGGGCUCCACACACUACAAAUUCACAUCUACCAUUUAACCCCAAAGUAGUGGAAGAUAUUUAUGUGCAAGAAAUAUGUGCGUCCAAAUUCUCCAUUCGGAGAAUCAUGAUGUUGGAGUUUAGUCAGUACCUGGAAAAUUUUCUCUGGCCAAAUUACGAUGCAGAGGAUGCUACACGAGCACACACUAUGUCUAUUGUUGUCAUGGUGAACGAGAAGUUCAGAGAGAGGGUACAGGUUUGGGAGGCGUUUGAGAAGAAUUCAACGCAUUUUGCGGGAUUUGUCCAAAAGGUUCUCGAAGCGUGUUUGGAAGAUAGCAUAAUGGAUUUUGAGCUAAAGGAACAAACAGCUUUGAUAGUAUUCUUGAAUCACUGUUUUAACUCUAUGGAAGUAAUCCUAGUUAGAGAGGAGGUUAAGAGAUUGGUGUCUCUUGCUAUGUGGUUCUCUUUGCAACAAGGUAGAAGAGAACUUGAAUUCAAAAGGAAUCCAAUACUGAAGAAAUACUGGAGAAUUAUAAGGAAAAGGGAUAAUUCUGUUUCUCCAGAACAAAAGAAGAAACUUGACUGGGAACGUAGAUUUUUGCAUAAGCUCAUGAUCAAAUUUAUGACAAUAUUAGAAACAGUUUCUGCAGAAGGACUUGUACUUCCGGAUAAAGUACGCUACUGUGAAAGAUUUUUGGAGCUGGUCAUCGAUCUCGAGGCUCUACUUCCUACUAGACGUUACUUCACCACCGUCAUGGAUGAUAAUCAUCUAGUCGUACGUUGCCAAUUAUCCAAUCUACUGCAUCGUCCAGAAGGAAGUUUAUUCGGACAGCUCCUGGAAAUGCUCAAGUUUUACGCUCGCUUCGAGAUCAACGAGGACACCGGUAACCCUCUGACGGAUCACGACAUGACGCAGCUGCAUUAUGAAAAAAUUACGUCUCUUCAGAGUGCGGUUUUCGCAAAAUUUCCGGACCUGAGGAAUUUUGCAUUGGCCAACGUAGCCAGUGUCGACGUCAGGGAUGCCCUUUACAAGCAUUUUGGUUAUCUCAGUCAGGAGAAACUCAGAUCUAUCGCGAGUUAUUUGAAUUUAGUGCCGCCCAAGGAGCGGGAACAGGAGGAGAAUUGGUACCGCCUGGAUAUAGACUUUUUGCGCGAACUGCUGAUAUCGCGACACGAGCGCAGACCGUCGCAGCUCGAGGAGCUAAAUCAAAUGCCUUUGUAUCCGACCGAAGAGAUUAUCUGGAAUGAGAGCAUUGUCCCAACAGAAUAUUUCUCCGGCGAAGGCUGCCUGGCACUGCCGAAAUUGAACCUGCAGUUUCUCACGUUGCACGAUUAUCUGCUGCGAAACUUCAAUCUAUUCCGCUUGGAGUCUACAUAUGAAAUACGACAAGACAUCGAGGAUGCCGUAAGCAGGUUGAGUCCUUGGCGCGCGGAGGACGGGGGCGUCUACUUUGGUGGAUGGGCCAGAAUGGCGCAACCUAUCACGCAAUUCGCGGUGGUCGAAGUGGCUAAGCCUAAUGUGGGCGAGAAUAGGCCAUCGAGGGUCCGCGCUGAUAUUACGAUAAAUCUUAGCGUUCGCAAAGAGAUCAAAUCCGAAUGGGAAAACCUUCGUAAGCACGACGUGUGCUUUCUCAUCACGGUUAAACCGCCGAAUCCUAUCGGCACGAAAUAUAGUCACAAGCUCCCCUUCGUACCGCAAGUGGGCCUAACGACGGUGCGGGGAUGCGAAGUCGAAGGUAUGCUCGACUCGAACGGUAGGGUGAUCGAGGAUGGCCCUGAGCCGAGACCGAUUCUACCGGGCGACUCGCGGACCUAUAGAGUGUGGCUGGACUGUAAUCAAUAUCGGAUUGACAUGGACAACGCCAGCCACGGCGGCGAGGACGUGUACGAGGGAUUCAAUAUUAUAAUGCGACGUAAACCUAAAGAGAACAACUUCAAAGCAGUCUUAGAGACUAUAAGGGAGCUCAUGAAUACUGAAUGCGUCGUGCCCGACUGGCUGCACGAUAUAAUUCUCGGAUACGGUGAUCCCGGUGCAGCGUGUUAUUCUAGAAUGCCGGAUGAAAUCGUGACGAUGGACUUCAACGAUACAUUCCUCGACAUAGACCAUCUACGAGCCAGUUUCCCUCAAUACGAAAUAAAAACGAAUUCCGAGGACGAAGGAAAUCUCGUGCGACCGUUCCAGUUGACUUUCGAGGAUGUUCUUGGGAAACGCAACAACAAACCGAUUGAGAAGAUUAUCAGAAUUAAACCACACGUGCCGCCUAGUAGAGGUCCAUAUAGAGCGAACGAACCGAAGAAAAAUCAAAUUCCCUUCACGCCGACGCAAGUCGAAGCCAUAAGAGCCGGGAUGCAGCCAGGUCUGACGCUGGUCGUCGGCCCGCCCGGUACCGGCAAAACAGACGUCGCCGUGCAGAUCAUCUCGAAUCUGUAUCACAAUUUUCCCAAUCAGAGAACGCUGAUCGUGACGCACUCCAAUCAAGCGCUCAAUCAGCUGUUCGAGAAGAUAAUGGCCCUCGAUAUCGACGAACGGCACCUUCUGCGUCUCGGUCACGGAGAAGAGGCGCUGGAGACGGAAAAGGACUUCAGCCGCUAUGGCAGAGUUAAUUACGUUCUCGCCAAACGCUUGGACCUGUUGAUGGAAGUUCAAAGAUUACAAGAAUCUCUGAACGUGAAAGGCGAUGUCGCGUAUACAUGCGAAACAGCAGGAUACUUCUUCACGUAUCAAGUGUCCACGAGGUGGGAGCGCUUCGAGACGAGAAUCAAACAAAGGCAGCACACGAGUGAGAAGUGCGAUUUGCCUUCUAUAAUCGACGAAGAGUUUCCGUUCCACAAAUUUUUCGACAACGCCCCGCAGCCGCUUUUCAAGCGGAAUUCGUACGAGGAGGAUCUCAAAAUUGCGCACAGCUGCUUUAGGUACAUCGAGAGGAUAUUCGCGCAGCUGGAAGAGUUCCGCGCUUUCGAGCUGCUGCGAUCGGGUCUCGACAGAUCGAAGUACUUGCUCGUGAAGGAAGCCAAGGUGAUCGCCAUGACCUGUACGCACGCGGCGCUCAAACGGCGCGAGCUCGUCGACAUGGGUUUCAAGUACGACAAUAUUCUCAUGGAGGAGUCCGCGCAGAUCCUAGAAAUCGAGACCUUCAUACCGUUGCUGCUGCAAAAUCCGCAGGACGGCUACAAUCGGCUGAAACGUUGGAUAAUGAUAGGCGAUCACCACCAGCUGCCGCCCGUCAUCAAGAACAUGGCCUUUCAAAAAUACUCGAAUAUGGAGCAAUCGCUGUUCGCGAGGUUCGUGAGGCUGGGCGUGCCUACGGUCGAUCUCGACGGCCAGGGUCGUGCCAGGCCCAGCAUCUGCAAUCUGUACAAUUGGCGCUACAAGAAAUUGGGCAAUUUGGCGCAUGUAGAGCGCAGUCCCGAGUACCUGGUGGCGAACGCCGGUUUCAUGUACGACUUCCAGCUGGUGAACGUCGAGGACUUUAACGGCGUCGGCGAGAGCGAGCCCAGCGCCUACUUCUACCAGAAUCUCGCCGAAGCCGAGUACUGCGUCGCUGUGUUCAUGUACAUGCGUCUGCUGGGAUACCCGGCGGACAAGAUCAGCAUACUGACCACGUACAACGGCCAGAAGCAUCUGAUCAGGGACGUGAUAAAUAUCCGGUGCGCGAACAAUCCGCUGAUAGGCCGGCCGAACAAAGUAACGACCGUUGACAAGUAUCAGGGUCAGCAGAACGACUACAUUCUGCUGUCUUUGGUGAAGACGCGCGCGGUCGGUCAUUUGAGGGACGCGAGGCGUUUGGUGGUGGCGAUGUCGCGCGCCCGUCUCGGCCUCUACGUCUUCGCCCGCGUGUCUCUCUUCAAGAACUGCUUCGAGCUGACGCCGGCGUUCGACCAGCUGAUGCAGAGACCGUUGAAACUGCAGCUGCUACCGCAGGAGCUCUACCCCACGGAACGACCGUACGACGCCGCGUCCGCGACAGCUCCAAUGGAAAUCGAGGACAUGCCGCACAUGGCCAAAUUUGUUUAUGACUACUAUAUGGGAAAGGUCAGCGGAAUGAAGGGCUCGCAAAAGAUGUGGCAGAAACCUGGAACUAUGCAGACGUCGGGCAGCCCGACGCACAAGAUUCCCGCUCAUCCGGGUGCCGACGACGACACGGACGACGAAGAGGAACCCAGCCAGGAGGACGUUGAAAUGCAAGAAGAAUCCAAAGAGGAGACGAAGAGCAAAUACGAGCCUAUACAGAAUUUAGUCGAAGAUCCACCGAAUGAAAUAGAAGAUGAUCAUUGAACGGAUCUUGUGGUGAUGUAUCUGUGCGUGUAAAAAGACUAGUUGUGAAGCGUAUCGAUACUUAUCGAUUUUACAGUUUGGAAAUAGGACGUUCGCUGCGCGACAUUGGUAUUGUAAGCGGCGGUUUAUAUUAAUCGAUCAGUCGGUAUGAUCAGAAUUAUUAGAAUAAUUGUUUUAUUACACGUCACUGCGUUACUAUACAAUGACAUAUGAAGUCUUCUUACACAACGUAUUAAAAUAAAAUAUAGUUUUUAUAAGCAA